AUAAAUUAAAUUACGAGCAUAAAUUUCUUAGCAUAAGAAAGUACGCACCAUUCUGAUUCAUGCUUAAAUAUGUUAAUUGGGAAACUGUUGGCCUGCAGCCGUCAACUGAACUUAGUUACAAGCAUUUCAAACAAGGCUGAAUUGUCUAUCACUAACACAAGCUUCGGUUUCUUGUCAUAUUUCUCAUAAGAAAACUCGACAGACGCUCUCGGUCUUGUUUCCUACCAUAAUUUACGAGUAUGUCCAAUUCAGAUGACAAGAAACACGUGCCAUCCUCGCCAGUGGCGCCAUCACUAGCUACUGAUGUCGAGGGCCAGACGGCAUCCGGGUUCGGUAUUUCCGAGAUCACCCGGCGGUGGAGGAGGGAGGAUUUGUUGAAGAAAGGGUCUAUGGCUUUGCGAGGAGUGGCUUUAUUAUUUUCUUUGUUCGCUUUUAUUGUCAUGGCAAGUAAUAAACAUGGUGAUUGGGAAGAUUUUGAUAAAUAUGAAGAGUUCAGGUAUGUAGUAGCAAUAGCAGUUCUUUCGACUUUGUAUACAGGAGGACAGGCUCUGCGUCACGUGUUUGAGAUAUCUAGCAGCAAACAGUUGUUGCAGCAGCGGACGUCUGCCUUGCUCGAUUUUUCCGGAGAUCAGAUUGUAACUUAUCUGUUGAUAUCAGCAGCCUCAGCUGGGAUUCCUAUGACAGAUAGUAUGAGGGUGGGAGCAGACAAUAUAUUUACAGACUCAUGUGCAGCUGCCAUUAGCAUGGAAUUCUUGGCCUUCAUAGCACUGGCAUUGUCAGCUCUCAUUUCAGGAUAUAAGUUAACAACUCAAUCUCAGAUUUAAAUAUGCCCCUUUUUUCUCCUUUUGGUUCUGUGAUUUGUUCUGUAUCUAAACUGUCAAGUUUAUAAGGCGUCAAACAAAUGAACAAAUACAAGUCCACCUGUAUCAGUUACAGAAAUUACUGGGCCACUACCCACAUAAAAAUAAAAGAAUUCAAAUACGAUUGAUAACA